AACCAUUGGAUACAAAAAGAAGUAUGUGAAAGUUCCACAUGGGCAUAUUUGGGUGGAAGGUGAUCACCAUGGACAUAGCUUUGACAGCAAUGCUUUUGGCCCGGUUUCUCUUGGCCUUCUACAUGCUCGAGCUACUCAUAUCCUCUGGCCUCCGCAACGCUGGCAGAAGUUACAACCAGUGCUACCUCCAGAGCGCAAACCACUCCAGAGAGCGCAAGAGUGA